AGUUUUAAGGAGUUAUUUUUCAACGCAAGUGUUCUCGGCCAAACACAAUCUAAGCAUAGUGGCGGCCAACUAUCUUCAAAUAGACUGUGGUUCUCCGGAUGAAGAGACUGAAUCCUAGAUGAACGAGUUUAAGU